AUGACACUGAAAGGCAACAAUCAAUGUCCAACCAGUAGGGAACAGCACCCCACACCACCCUCUAUGAUAUAUCAGGCAUCCCUUGGAAUGGAGAAUGAAAAUGGCCCAGAGCACAGGCAAGGCAUAAGCCCUCUUGAACACCUUCCUAUUGAGGAUAAUCAUAGUACAGAUGAAAUGAGAAGAACCCAGCUGAACCUCAUGCUUAGUCAAGAUAACCAAAUAUUGAAUCACCCACAAGACAAAAGAAAAGGAGCUCCUCUACCUAAGCAUAAUAUUGCUGCACAUCCCAAUGUGUACUCUACCCAGAAUUGUAAUUCAAAGAGAAGGAAGAAAGAAGUGGUGAAGACUUUUGGUACACAGGGUAGAGCCUCAAUGUCCCACCCUGAUAGUAAAAUGGACCUGUUGAAAUUGGGCGUUGGUUUAGCUGGAGACAACGGAGAAAGUAGAAUCAAUCUCAUUGACAAUUCACCACACACUUCAUUCAGCAAAAGUCUUACGGAAAUACCAAACAGAUUAUCUGAAAGCUUUGUGUCAAAAAGCAGAAAUGCUCGCAAGUCAGGUCAUUAUCUUGUUCUUCUGCAGAAAAUUGGAAUUCUCAAUGCAAAUAGGUCACCAACACUUUGUUAUGAGAUAUAUGAUUUCUUUUGUGAAAUAUACAAGAAUAUCAAAGGCAAAAACAAAUUUAGUGAGCAAGAAAUUGAUGCUAUAAGGCGAGCUGCAAAACAUGCAGGGUUCACAAUUGUUAUGACAUUUCUUGGUAUCUUGAGAGUUUUUGAGGGUAAUCAAUAUGGGAAAGAUGAUAUGGAAGUCCUACUACAUGACGGAUGGAGCUUCAUGAAAGAUUUCUAUAGCAGCUGGCAGGAGGCAGAGUUUGAGGAAUUUGGUUUUGGAAAUGUUCAAAGUUACUGCUCAGAGGGUGCCUUGGAUAUCAAAUUUCACUUAAGAUACUUGAAGCAAAUUUAUGACAGCAGCCAUGUACCAUUAUCAUUGGUCCAUUCAAUCUCACUAUUCUGGUCUGAAAACAAAGGACAAUCAAAAGUACCCCAGGAUUUAUCUGAUUAUUGGCAGGAAUCAAUUGGUAUAUUUGAAAAUGAUUCUAAGUCAAUUCAAGGUGGACUUUAUGAGAGGAUGGGAAUCAAGAACUAUGCAUUCUGGGGUCCAGAGCAAUUCCAAAGGAAACAAUGGUACUCAUAUGGAGGAACAAGCAUGGAGACAGAAAGAAUAUGGCACUUGGCUUCAAAUGCUGCACAGUUUCAUACACCUCUUGUGAGGCCCACUCAAAACAUCUUGACUUAA